GUGACAUGCGACGGCCGCGCUUGGCUGACUUAUUACGCGCCUUUGAAAUUGCUGGGCGAUCUGUCGAGGGGCUCUUGAGCGAGCAUGGAUGCCUACAGCACGGCAUUCACGAGCAAGCUGGCUCUGGAUCCACCCAAGACGACGAACGGGCUCGAGCAGAACAUAGCAGUGCAAGAGAUCCAACACGACCGGGUCAAGUUUGCCUGGGAGGGAGUCGACCUGUCACUCGCCAAUGGACUGAGGAGGGUGCUCCAGAGCGAGAUACCCACGCUAGCGAUAGGCUACAUCUCCGUCAAGCACAACAGCAGCGUCCUGCCUGACGAGUUCCUCGCUCAUCGACUGGCUCUCAUACCUCUGCAGAGUACAGGCAUCGCUCACAAAUUGGAGAAAGAGAGAGAUCUGUGUGGAUGCGAUGAUGGCUGCGACGAAUGCACCGUCAUGCUACAGCUCGACGUCGCUUGCAGAUCAGCAGGCAAGCUCGAUGUCACGAGCAAAGACCUCGUCGUCCUGCCCCGUCAAGAUGGUCAAGACCGAGGUGGCUUCGGCAUGCCCAUGUCUGAGCACAGCAACGGCAUCCUGAUCGCCCAAUUGGGCCCGGGACAGAGAAUCACGCUCCUCGCAACAGCUCAUCGGGGAAUCGCAUUGGACCAUGCAAAACACUGCCCCGUCAGCACCGUCGGCUUCGAAUAUGACCCGCACAACAAGCUCCAUCAUACCGAUCUCUGGUCAGAACAAAAGGAUGCAAAAGACAGAGUGUCUAAAUCCACCUGGGUCAAGACGCCCAACGCAAAGUACGAACGAGAACCUCCGUCGGAGGAUGCGGUGGACUGGUCAGGUCAACCGUCUCGGUUCUACUUUGACGUCGAGACCGUGAACUCCUUGCCACCGUUUGAGCUCGUUCAGGAAGGCCUGGAAGUCCUCAUCCGAAAGCUGGCCGUCAUCACGCAAGCUAUCGAGAAGAUGUCGGUCGACAGGCCCCAGAUGGGCGCUUCUACUCCCGGUCAGGCCGGCUUUGUCGUCAAUCAACAAACGGGUGCAGGUAUUUUCCAGAAUGAUCGUAGGACGCCUGCAGUCCAAGGCGUCACUCCUGCUUUUGGGGGCCGCACACCCGCAUUUGGUGGUCGAACGCCAGGCAGGUACACAGGUCAGCCCAAUGGCGGCAUGACGCCAGGCAAUGCACCCUAUCGAUAGAAGACUAUCCAGCACGAACCGUUCUACGUUGUUGUACAACAUCAGAGAAACAGUGUGUUUCUA